GGAGUCGGAAUAUAUAUAUAUAUAUAUAUAUAUAUGUAUGUAGAAUGUCAAAUAGUCUUCAAACAUUUAAUUUCACACGAAACUGUAGAUUCGUUUAAUAGCACAAAAUGAAGGUUAUUAUUGCGUUACUAGUUGUGACAACUUUAGCUUUUGUCUAUGCUGAACAUUGUAGAGACAAUGCCGCAUGUCACGAACACCAUAUCACUCAGUGCCACGGUCAUACACAUUCAGUUUGUCUAGAUAAUUGGUGCGAAUGCUCCGAUAUUCAACACGGGCACAAUUGUACGGCUCAGGCAGACUGCCCUUCCUGUCCCGAUAAUCACGUGGCUCACUGUGUGGACGGCCGCUGCCACUGUGCAGGAGGUCGACCCGGACAAGGCAAAUAACUCGAUAAUAAAUAAUUUGUAAACCAAAAGAUAUAUUAUAAAACACAGAAAUGGC